CCCUCACCCCGGCCGGCACCGGCUGCCGCUCCAGGACGCUCACCUGGGACGCGCUCACCUGGGACGCGGUGCGCGCCGCCCGCACUUGGGCCAGGAUGAAGGACCGGCUGGAGCAACUGAAGGCCAAGCAGCUGACACAGGAUGACGACAAUGACGACGUUGAGAUUGCUAUCGACAAUACAGCCUUCAUGGAUGAGUUCUUUUCUGAGAUUGAGGAAACUCGGCUCAACAUUGACAAGAUCUCAGAGAGUGUGGAGGAAGCUAAGAAACUCUACAGUAUCAUUCUGUCUGCACCGAUUCCAGAGCCAAAAACCAAAGAUGACCUUGAACAGCUCACAACUGAGAUCAAGAAAAGGGCCAGCAAUGUCCGGAACAAGCUGAAGAGUAUGGAGAAGCAUAUUGAAGAAGACGAGGUCCGGUCCUCAGCCGACCUUAGGAUCCGAAAGUCCCAGCAUUCCGUCCUCUCCCGGAAGUUUGUGGAGGUGAUGACAAAGUACAACGAGGCUCAGGUGGACUUCCGUGAACGCAGCAAAGGGCGCAUCCAGCGGCAGCUUGAAAUUACUGGCAAGAAGACAACAGAUGAGGAGCUGGAAGAGAUGUUGGAGAGUGGUAACCCUUCCAUCUUCACUUCCGGGAUCAUCGACUCGCAGAUUUCCAAGCAAGCCCUCAGUGAGAUUGAGGGUCGGCACAAGGAUAUCGUGAGGCUGGAGAGCAGCAUCAAGGAGCUCCAUGACAUGUUCAUGGACAUCGCCAUGCUGGUGGAAAAUCAGGGUGAGAUGUUAGAUAACAUAGAGUUGAAUGUCAUGCACACCGUGGACCAUGUGGAGAAGGCACGGGAUGAAACUAAAAAAGCCAUGAAGUAUCAGAGUCAGGCGCGGAAGAAAUUGAUAAUUAUCAUUGUGAUAGUAGUUGUGUUGCUGGGCAUUUUAGCAUUGAUUAUUGGACUGUCCGUUGGGCUGAAGUAAGGGGUCGCUGCACUGAAAUAACCUGAUUUCACUCCAGCUUGGCCUGACCACUCUUGUCUCCAGAUGGGAAUGGAGUCCUAAUGGCCUUUCUGAGAACGAGGGGCACCUGUUCCUUUAUUUCCUUGUAACCGCCCUUGGACCUGGCUCAGCAGUCUACCCUUGGAGGAAUCUAACCUACCUGAUGCAGCCCUGAGUUCUCCUCAGAAUCACCUCCCACCCUAGCAGCCGAAGUACCCUCCUGGACUGUAUGAAGCACCCAGCUUUUCCUCCCUUCUGGUGUGUCAAUUAUGCCUUGUGUGUUGGAAAGUCCCUGUGAGACCAGCCUGAGGCGCUGUUUUUCUACCUCAUAGAACAUUCUCCUGGAAUAUACUUUGUAGGGGAGUAACUAACAAAAUAGAGGGGUUCUUCUAAGUAGUGUGGCUUGGAUCAGAGCCCCUAGCUGGCAAGAUGCCAGUCCUUAGUUUGUUGUCCUAUGUCCUGAAAGCAUGGGGGACUAACAGAUGCCAUUUUGGCCUUCUAAGUUGACUUAUUUGAAAUCCACCCUUUAAUUAAGCUCCAAGUUCAGCUUGCAGGCCACUUUGAAUUUUCUUUGUAUUCGUCCGUUUACUCAGAGUGAGCAGGGUGAUCCUCUGAAGCUGUCGUUGGCAGAGACUGAGGUUGUGGAAUACGCUUCCAUGUCCAAGUCUUGGAAACCGGCUAGUCAUUGUUAGAGAAUCGUUCUUUGUGAAGCCAUUACUUUGAGGCCAAGCAGAACCAGGGAUUUACAACUGGGCCAGGGACAAGGUGCUACAGUCUCAGGCUCUGAAAUUGUCAGUCAUUUGUGUGUUCCAGGUGUACUUUUAUAAUUGUAUGUGAGAGAUAUGUACAUAAUUGUCUGCCUCUAGGAAAACAACUAUGAUCUAAAAGAAAGAAAGAAAGAAAGAAAGAAAGAAAGAAAGAAAGAAAGAAAGAAAGAAAGAGAAGGUAAACAACAUACUUUGGCGAAAAUCAGUAAGGGACAUGUGUCUGGCUCAAGUGAUCACUGUAGAAAUGUGAUUUUCCCCUUGCCAUCACAGAGCUUGUUUUCUGGAUAGCUGCUGAGACGGGAAUCAAAUGAGACCUUUGGAGUAAGGACUGAGUUGAUUCCCAUUGAAUUUUUCUGCAUAGAUAGUGUAAUAUUUAUUUAUUCCCAUCUGCUGCCUACAAGAGAGUGGUCCAGAAAGCAUCCCGCAGCUACCCGAUGUAUCUGCACUAUCCAUGUGAUGUCCCUCUCUGGCAGGAGACUUGGGAGGCUACAGAGCAGCUCUUCCUGCUCUCUUGUCUCCUGCAAGUCUUAUCAUGGAGGCAACAGCCUGGAAGUCUUUAUUUAGUGAUUGCAACCCAGUGGUAAGCCUUAGACCUUUGGUGGUUCCUGCCAGUAUCCCUGAUUGGAUAAUUAAGACCUAACUUUAAUAUUUUGUGGGGCAGGGUGAACAUUCUAAUCCACACACUGCCCAUGAGCUUCCUGUCUUUCUUCAGUCACCCAGCACUCAAGACAGAGCCACGGGGAUGCCCUCCUCCCUAUGGCUGUGAUGUCUGACUGGACAAGGGUCCCAUCUAGGAGGGGAGAUAACCCUCAGUGCAGGCCUUCUCUCUCCUCUGACUAUGAGAUCGGGGGAUAAAAGUUUGAAACGAAUGUCACAUGUGAAGGGCUUUUGUUGUUUGUAUUUUUUUAAAUGUAAACUUGAUUAUUUUAUUGCUAAUUUAAAAAUAAAUGACUUUAUAUUGAUUGCAAAACACUUUGGUGAUUCGGUGCCACCAUUUGGUGACUUUUGGUGCCCCAGAGGAGACUGUCACUCAACUUGAUCUAGUAGGAAGUAGGGGACCUGUUGGGAUGCUAUCCAGAAGGCAGAAAGGGCAAGAUGCAGAUCCCUGUGGAUAUGAUUUUAAGUCUAACCUGGAAACAUUCCUGUGAACAGGCCAGAUCCAUCCAUUUCCUUCUGGCGUUUCCUGUCUCCUCCCUCUUCCAUGUCUAGCUGUACCUGUCUCUGUUCGUAGUGUGUAUCUGCACAGUGAUGCUGUUUCUCAUGUAAUUCUC